CCUGAGCCGCCAAACGGUGGAGCCCAGCCCACCCAAACUCUGAUUUCUUCCAUUGAUGGCUUUCCAAACACAUCAACACAGAACAGGAAAAAGUCCUCCUGUUCCUCACUUUAAAACACAGCUUUACAUCGUUGUUUUAUUUUGAUCCCACCACCGCUAUAGAGUGAACUAUUUUUCUCCUCAGUCUCGCAGGUACUUAUUGUCUACUUAUAAGGCUUAUCUUCUUAAAGUUAUCGGCCACAUUACAUCUUAAAGACUCUCUGCGCGAGCGGCAGCCUGCUACCUCCACGCUCCCGCGCGCUGACUGAGCGGGAAAAGCACAGGCUGGCGAUGAUCGCGUCCAACGCGAGCCUGAGCGGCUGCGCGGGGAGCGACGGUGCGGGCGGCGCGCUGUGCGCUCAGUUGGAGAACACGAGGGCGUACCGGACCAGCCUCACUCCGACCGGGCACCGGGUGGUGGCGGUGUGCCUGGGCGUCACUGGCACGCUUGGGCUGCUCACCAACCUCCUGGUGCUCGUGCUGUUCUGCCGCUACAAGCUGCUGCGCUCUCCCAUCAACAUGCUGCUGGUUAACAUCGCACUCAGCGACCUGCUGGUGUGCCUGCUCGGGACGCCCUUCAGCUUCGCCGCAAGCACGCAGGGCCGCUGGCUGAUCGGCGGGGCAGGCUGCGUGUGGUACGGCUUCGCCAACUCCCUGUUCGGCAUUGUGUCUCUGAUCUCUCUGGCCGUGCUCUCCUACGAGCGCUACAGCACCAUGAUGGGCCCCACUGAGGCCGACGCAUCCAACUACCGCAAGGUGUCCCUGGGCAUCGGCCUGUCCUGGGCCUACUCCCUGCUCUGGACCCUCCCCCCGCUCUUCGGUUGGAGCCGGUACGGCCCCGAGGGGCCCGGGACCACCUGCUCGGUGGACUGGACGGCCAAGACCACCAACAACAUCUCCUACAUCGUGUGCCUGUUUGUGGCCUGCCUGGUGCUUCCCUUCAUGGUCAUCGUGUACUGCUACGGCCAGCUGUUCCGCGCCAUCAAGCAGGCGUAUGUCGCUGAAAGUGGAAGCAGCUGA